CUUUUCUCCACUCUCCAUCAGUGCAUUGACAUCAUGGUGUCAUAAAGCCUCAUGCAACUUCUGGAGCCAUGAGGAGGCCAAGGACUAUUCACGGCUGCUAAAUUUAAUACUGCAACUUUCUUUCCCCCCCUACCCCCCUUUUGAGAGAUUCACAGCAGCAUGCUGAAGUUGUGCAUUGUUACGUUUGUGGUCCAAUGUGUGCUUUUUGCGCCGGGAGCUGCUGCUGUGCCAAAGAAGCCGGCUGCAGACUCCGGGCUGCAAGCUGAGCUAGAAGUGCAGCAAAUUGACAACAAGAAGAAUAACAACCUGCAGGAGGUGACAGAUGGCCAGGAAAACAUCCUCUUUAAGCUGCUGGGUGAUUAUGACAAAGUGAAAGCCGUCUCGGAAGGCUCUGACUGUGGCUGUAAAUGUGUUGUCAGACCCCUGAGCAGGAGCGCCUGCCGACGGAUAGAGGAGGGCAACGCGGGCCCGCAGGACUCGUACACGGUGGAGACCAUCGCGUCCGGUCCGGAGUGUAAGUGCACCUGCGUCGCUCCUCCGUCAGCGGUCGACCCCUGCCAGGGAGAGCUCAGGUUGAAAAAGCUUAGGGAGGCGGCUAAAGAUGACGUCAAGCUGGCCACCAUCCUCGAGCUUCUGGAAGGUUCCUAUUAUGGGAUGGAUCUGUUGAAGCUGCAGUCCCUCAUCAGCAAUCUGGUGGCGCGAGUGACACACAUUGAAAAGGUUAUGGCCUUGAAUCCCACCAGAGAUGACAUAAAGACCCACAAGAACCCUCCAAACCCACACGAUGCUCAUAAGCGGAUGACUACGCCCCCACCUUCAUCCCAUCCAGACGACCAGGAUGGAAGGAAACUGAGCAGACCCGAGGCGUCUCCAAAACCAACGGAGAAGUUUGUUGCAGGGACCCAGUUGAAUUCUUCGGCUCAGGUCACUGAGGUCAAAGCGCACGUUGUUCCCAAAAAGGCAACCGACAAAGAGGUUCCUCAAGGGUCAAAGAGUGGUCUCAAUGGGAUGAUCAUCAGAGGGGUGACGUUUUACAAGUCGGAGCCGGAACCAGCAACGGCUGACGAUGGAGAGCAUGAAGAGAACGAUUUUGAGUAUCAUGGAUUCAGUGGAGAUGGCCCAAUAGACCUCCUGAUUGAAGAACACCUUCUUCAACACCGAGCCCCUCACCCACGUCCUGGGCCCCGGUCAUUUCGACCCGUGACAAACGGCCUCUUCCGUGGCUCCAAGAAGACCAGCCAAACGACAACACCGAAAGACACCGAGUCCACAACUAAAGUCGUGACGGAGGUGAUUAACGACAUUGAUGCUACUUCACAAAAAACCCUCACCACAGACUCUGCAUCCCAGUCUGUGGAUUUCACCACUUUGAUGUACCCCCCACCAACCGAGGAGAUGCUCAUAGUGUCCCAUACAGAUGACAAAGUAACCUCAGCAGUGUUCACGCAAACUAUCACUAUGGAAACCCCAAGCCUAGAGAUGAGAGAGCCAGUCCAAGCCACAGAAGCACCAAACACUACUGCAGAGGAUGUGACCACUAACAUUGGGACCAGUCCAGCCCAGCCUCCAACAGCAAAAAACACCCAGGUUAUUGUCACGACACCACAUGAACCCACCAGCCCUUCAGUAUAUUCUACAACAAGGCUUCCACACACUUCUACACCUGUCACUACACCUGCCACAACAUCACCCCCAGCUACCACAACAGCAACCACCACCACUACUACCGCCACCACUACCAGGCAGGUUCCCAGGGUCAAGCAGAAGUACAAGAUCAGCUGGGAGGAAGAAGAUGAAGAGGAAGAUCACGUGAAGUUUGACGAGAUGAUGCAAAGGCAAGAAGAAGCCGCGGCAAAGAAAAAUGAAGAAUGUAAGGACACUCUGGCAACCAUCUCUGAGCCGGUGACUCACAACACCUACGGCAAGAAGGAAGGCGCUUGGAUGAAGGAUCCCAAGUCCAACAGCGACAGGAUUUAUGUCACCAACUUCUAUUACGGCAACAACCUCUUGGAGUUCCACAACAUGGAAGUCUUCAAGAAAGGCCGUUUCACAAACUCCUACAAGCUCCCUUACAACUGGAUCGGCACAGGCCACGUGGUCUACGACGGGGCCUUCUACUACAACCGCGCCUUCUCGCGAGACAUCAUCAAAUUCGACCUGCGUCGGCGCUACGUGGCCGCCUGGAGCCUGCUGCACGACGCCGUAAUGGACGAGUCCACGUCGGCCUGGGAGUGGCGCAGUCACUCGGAUAUCGACUUCGCGUUGGACGAGAGCGGCAUCUGGAUCAUUUACCCGGCCUUGGACGACGAGGGCUUCUUGCAGGAGGUGGUGGUCCUGAGUCGCCUGAACCCGGUGGACCUGAGCAUGCAGAGGGAGACCACGUGGAGGACCGGGCUGAGGAGGAGCCACUACGGGAACUGCUUCAUCGUGUGCGGCGUCUUGUACGCUGUUGACAGCUACAACCGAAAGGACGCCAACUUGGAAUACGCCUUCGACACGCACACCAACACGCAGAUGAUUCCCAGGAUGCCGUUCACCAACAACUACACCUACACCACCCAGAUUGACUACAACCCCAAAGAGGGUGUCUUGUACGCGUGGGACAAUGGACACCAAGUCACAUACAACAUAAAGUUUGCUUAUGCAGACCCCAAAUAAGUUUUGUAUUUGAAAUGCUUACAUGGAUUGUAGAUCAGUCCUUUAUUGGUUGAAAUCCCUUUUUUUCCUAUCUGAAUUCCACCAAAUUGAGCCACAUUCCUCAGUCCGUAGGAGUCAGGACACAAGCCCUUUGACAUGAAUGUAAAAAGAUGUUACCCACCCCAGUUUGUUCAAUUGUUUCAACAAACGCACAUUUUUCAUUCUAUACCCGCUUUAUCUUUUUUUUCUUUGUAAAAGCAACCCAAAUAUGUCUUGUGAAAGCACUUACUCUCUGGUGACUGUUUGGGGGAGAAUAAAGUUUAUUCAAGCUUAUCUGUCAGAUAAGUCUCCAACAAUUUAA